GACAGACGACUUCUUCUAUUCCAGGAAGAGCCCUUCCUCCCCAAUUUGAAGCUCUCGUCGGCCGGAAUGACCAAAGCUCUCCGAUCAAUCUUUUGUUUCCCUUUCCAUCCAUCGACUUUCUUAAUCUCUCGAAUCUGGAUCGGCCAAGGACCGUAGUCUAAUCCUGUAAUCCUUUCACCUUUCUAGAAUUAAAGUGUUAAUUCAUGGUUUGAACGUUGAAAUGCGGAGAUGCGAUGCUGUUGAAAUUUUCCAUGUAAAAUCAUUCUUUCCGGUAAACCAACAGUUCAUCAGGAACAAUGGGUCGUUCUAAUUUGUAGAAAUCCUUUGUUGGUAUGGAAGAUAACAGUAUAAACUGUGACGUCGCAGUGGAUUUUGGUCUUAAUAGGAAGGAGUUGACUAAUCUCAUAGAUAUGGAAGUUCCAGCAGGUCCAGACAAUGACACACUCGAAAGUUCUGUUGAAGGGGAGGUUCACCAGGCUGAGGAGGAGGAGGUUGAGGUUGGUAAGAGCACUGAGAGUACUUCAGGAAGGGAAUUAGUUGCAAUUGAAGGGGACCCAAAUGAACCAAGAGUGGGUUUGGAGUUUGAUUCUGAAACAGCUGUGCAUGCCUUCUAUUCUGCAUAUGCUGAUCGUGUGGGAUUUGUCAUCCGUUGGAGCAGACUCGGUCGCUCGAGGCGAGACCGUGCAGUUAUUGCUCGGGAAUUUGUGUGUAACAAAGAGGGUUUCCGAGUAGCUGAUAAGCGUAAUAAGGCUGGAUCAAAGCCACGGGCAACCACGAGGGUAGGUUGCAAGGCAAUGAUGGCUGCAAAGAAACUCAAUAAUGGAAAAUGGGUUAUUUCAAAAUUUGUGAAGGAGCACAGUCAUCCAUUGAUUAUUCUUGGUUAUCGGAAGACUUCAAUCUGUGGUCCAUUUCCGAGUGACAAUGAGAGGAUCCGGGAACUUUCCCAACAGCUACUUCUUGAGAAACGAAGAUCUACAACGUACAAAAAGUAUCUUGAAAUGCUUUUCAAGCACAUUGAAGAACACACAGAGAGCCUGUCAAAGAAGAUCCAAUAUAUAGUUGACGCUGUAAAUGAGGUUGAAUCUGAAAGAGCAUCAAAAACCUAGAUAGGAUGGCAUUAUUUAGAGUGCAUCUCUACAUUUUUUUUUCCUCUUGUCAGCGGACUAGUUAUGCUUUGUUUGUCUUUCAUCAAUGGUGGCACUAGUUGGGAUUCCUUGAGGUAUCUGUUCUAGCCUCUUUUACUGCCGAAAGUCGAAGUGUGGGUUUCUGUUUCAUACACUUUCACCACAUCUAUGUGGUGCAUAUGCAGUUGGAUCAGUACUUGCCGUUAUAGUUGUUUAGAUAUUUCUUCCACCUGUAUAAUAAAAGUUGGUCUUUGCACUUUGUGAUGAUA